AUGGAGCGCGAGGUACGCAAGAUGGAGAUGCAAUUCCUGGGUCUGGAGUUGCAGCAUGUGCCCCGCGACACAAACAAGGAAGCUGAUGAGAUUGCCAAGAGGGCGUCAAAGUGUCAGCCAAAGGAACCAGGCGUCUUCGAGGAGAGUCUCUUUAAGCCCUCAGCGGCCCCACCAACCGCUGAACCUGCACCGCCUCAGGAGGAACUCCCCUCGCCACCGACUUCAGGAGCCCCCGCCUGCGGCCCGACCUCGGGAGCGCAUCCGCUCCUGGUGCUUGAGCCUCAUGAGGGGUGCUGGAUCGAGGAGUUCAAGGCAUACCUGACGCAAGGCACGUUGCCAAAGAAGGAAGAAGACGCGGAGCGUGUGGCCCGGCAGGCUACGGCGUAG